AUGAUUGCUAAAGCAGGAAAGCCAUUCACAGAAGGUGAAUUUGUCAAAAAGUGCAUGUUACAGGCUGCAAGUAUUGUCUGUCCAGAAAAGAAAGGUCAGUUUAACAACAUCAGCCUUUCUGCCAACACUGUGGCAGAGUGCAUUUCUGACCUGUCAAGUGACAUUUAUGAUCAACUGUGUGAGAAAGCAAAAUGUUUCAGUGUAUACUCAGUCGCUCUUGAUGAGACCACAGAUAUCACCGACACUGCCCAGCUCGCAAUCUAUGUCCGUGGUGUUGAUGACAAUUUUGAAGUCAUAGAGGAGUUGCUCACCGUGAUUCCAAUGCAUGGCCAGACCACCGCUCAGGAGAUAUUUAACCAGCUGUGUGAUGCCAUUGAGAAUGCCGGUUUGCCAUGGAAGAGGUUUGUUGGAAUAACAACCGAUGGAGCGCCAUCAAUGACAGGGAGGAAAAAUGGACUGGUGGCACUUGUUCAAAACAAACUGGAAGAGGAAGGUGUGGAGGAGGCCAUUGCUCUGCACUGCAUUAUCCAUCAGCAGGCCCUUUGCAGCAAAUGCCUGAAAUUUGACAAUGUGAUGUCUUUCAUUGUGAAAUGCAUCAACCAAAUCAGAUCCAGGGGCUUAAAGCACAGAAGGUUCUGUGCUUUUUUAGAGGAAAUGGAGUCAGAAUAUGGGGAUGUGCUCUACUUCACCGAGGUACGUUGGCUCAGCAGGGGAAACGUAUUGAAAAGAUUUUUUGAGUUGAGAGCGGAAGUGAAAGCCUUCAUGGAGAAAGAUGGGGUUGCUGUUCCUGUGCUAAGUGAUCCCAAAUGGCUCAUGGACUUAGCUUUUUUUGUUGAUAUCACACAUGAGCUUAAUGUACUGAACAAGAAGUUACAAGGCCAGGGGCAACUUGUCAGUGCUGCCUAUGACAACGUGAGAGCAUUCUCUGCAAAACUGAUGUUAUGGAAAGCCCAGCUUUCUCAGACAAACCUUUGCCAUUUCCCAGCAUGCAAGGCACUCAUGGAUGCAGGCACACCAUUCAGUGGUGAGGAGUAUGUGGAUGUCAUUUUGAAGCUACAGGAGGAAUUUGAUCACAGAUUUGCAGACUUCAAGACGCACAGAGCCACAUUUCAAAUUUUUGCGGACCCCUUCUCCUUUGAUGUGCAAGAUGCCCCCCCUGUGCUUCAAAUGGAGCUCAUUGACCUGCAGUGCAACUCUGAACUCAAAGCCAAGUUCAGGGAGGUGAGUGGAAAAGCAGACAAGCUCGGGCAAUUUUUGAGAGAAUUGCCCCCCAGCUUCCCUGAGCUUUCCCGAAUGUUCAAGCGGACCAUGUGUCUUUUUGGGAGCACAUACUUGUGCGAAAAGCUCUUCUCUACCUUGAACUUCAAUAAGUCCAAGUACAGGUCCAGACUUACUGAUGAGCAUCUUCAAGCCCUACUGAGGGUCUCAACUGCUUCCUCCCUUAAGCCAAAUGUGGCUCAGUUAUGCGAGAGGAAGCGCUGCCAGAUCUCUAGCAGCAAGAAACGCAUCAGUGGAAAGGUGACUGGCAAUGAACAUGUGUCAGGGCGCAAUCCCUACCUUCCAGAGGAGGCGGAAAGGGAGCUUGCUGCCACCCUCAAGACCUUGGCGCAGAGGGGGUUUCCAUUUACGAAACGUGAUGUCCAGCAAGUGGCCUUUGAUUUUGCAGCCAAGAAUAACAUAUCUGGUUUCUCCAAGACAGCAGGGAGGGCCGGAUAUUACUGGUUUCAAAACUUUCUAAAGCGCAACCCAGAGCUCGGGAUGCGCAAGCCAGAGGUCCUGUCUGCAGCACGGGCUACUGGGCUCAACAAAGAGGUGGUCAGCCAGUGGUUUAACCAGUAUGAGAGUCUUUUGGUCGAGCUGGGUAUUGAGGGCACACCGUCACAUAUUUGGAACUGUGACGAGUCUGGGCUUCAGGACCAGUUCAGUUCGACAAAGGUCGUUGGACAGGUUGGCCAGCCAUGUGUGGAGGUGUGUGCUGGAGAGAAGGGGAAGACAACGACUUGUCUGGCAGCAUUCAAUGCAGAAGGCACAUACAGCCAAACAAUGAUUAUUUUUAAGGGAAGGCGUGUUCGUUCUGAGUGGCUACAGGGAUGCCCGGAGAACACCAGCGUACGGUGUUCAGACAAUGGUUGGAUAACCUCUGACCUCUUUCUGGAGUGGGGUCAAAUGUUCAUUCAAUCCCUUCCUAAGGAUGACCCCAUGCCCCACCUUCUCCUCCUUGAUGGCCACAGUAGCCACGUCUAUAACCUCGAGUUUAUCAAGCUACUGAAGAGCAAGAAUGUGCACAUCAUGUGCUACCCUGCCCACACAACCCAUGCGCUGCAACCGGCAGACAAGGCCCUCUUCAAGAGUCUGAAGCACCACUGGGACCAGGAAGGGAGGAAGUGGACGAGGAUGAUGGCUGGGCAGAAGCUGUCAAGGAUGGAAUUCUUUGCGGUGUUCAGCAGGGCUUGGGCAAAGGCUCCCACUGUUGAAAAUGCCCAGGCAGGGUUCCUGGGGACAGGGAUGUUCCCUCUAAAUAAAGAUAUUCCCCCUGAGACUGCUUUUGCCCCCAGCAAGACCACCGAAAGAGUGCUACCAUCCACUCUACCAUCCCCGCCCACAAGACCACCGUCGCCCCUGCUGACCUUAACCCACUCUGCCCGCCAGCCAUCAGCCCUGCUCUCUGGACAUCAGCCCUCCCACCCGCCAGCCAGACCUCAGUCGCCUGCCGAUCUGCCAGCCAGACCUCAGUCGCCUGCUGAUCUGCCAGCCAGACCUCAGUCCUCUGAUUCCCUGACACCCUUGCUACCUGUGGAACCACUUUACUUUUUCCCAGAUGAGAACUUGGCGUUUGAAGUGGUUGUGUUGGAAGAAGUACCACAGGAAGAUACUGACCUCUUCAGUACAUUCACACCACAGGAAGAAACCCACUCCCAGGAUGAGGGACCUUCCACCUCCACAUCUAUGAGAUCAGUCAGAUUCACUGACUUGAUCUCAGUGCCGCACAGGGAGAGGGCCAUCAGGAAGAGAGCGAAGCCGCCAUCCUAUAACCUCACAAUAUGUUUAUUUUUUAUUUAUUUACAGGAGUCAGUGAUUGAAACACUACUUGGCAGACUUCACCUUCAAGACAAAUAUGAGCAGAAGUUGUCACCUGCAGAUUUUCUUAAAAUAGGUCCACCUGUCAAACAGGACCAUGACACAUAUGAGAAAGAUCUCGCUCAUACUUUUCUUGAGAAAUUGAUGAUGUUAGACUACAGAGCUAGAUUCAUUCCUGUUAGACAAGACAGCCCUGUGCUCAGUCAUUCAAGCCUUGAUCCAGAAUCUGACCCUUUUGACACAGAUGAUGAUGACUUAGACGCGCUUAUUAAGAGUGUGGAAGCUGAUCAAGCAAAACAAACUCAUGUACAUCCAAUGGAUGUUCAAAUGACAGUGUUUCACUGCUCAGACAGCUUUUUAAAGCAGAACAUGAUUACAAAGCUCUCACAAUGUCAGUACGCCUUACCUUUGCUUGUUCCAGACCCAGUCACAAUGAACAUUGACUGUCCUCUGUGGACAUUCAGACAAAUUACAAAAACAUGGAAGAUAACUGAAAUCAAAGAAAAUUCAAACACUGUCAUGAAGAGCAUGCCCAUCUGCAAAGCUGAGACAGCCAUGGUGUCAUUUCUCCGCCUGGGUUCACUGUCUAUGUCUAAAUCUCAGCUGAUGAACACUUUGAUCAACGACCGUCACAGCACCUUCUUCCACAGAAACUGCCCAGGUAGCACCAAGUCUCGUCAUUUGAUGGAUGGUGUGGCAGAGAUUGCCUGGUACUGUCCUGCUGGAAAACCCAAUGAUGCUUUCACUGACUGCAUUGCCUUCUGUAAUCUCCAUGGUGAUGCUCUGACAAUUGAAAAACAGCGUGACAUACUGACAGACAAAUCUUCAGUCAAUGUUGUUCUUGUACCAACUCUCAAAAAAGGUGACAAAAGUGCUACAGUUAUCUCUGCCCUUCUCAAGUCUCCAAAGCCUCUCAUUGUUCUCAUUGCUGAUAACGAUUGUGCUGCAGUUCAGAUAAAAGAAGGAAAUUAUAAAAUUGGUCUGAAAGAAAGAAGCCAGUCGGAUGUUUCUGAAGAACUGAAAAAAGUUAUUGGAAGAAUUUUGUCUGGACCACAUGAAUCCUUCCGGCUUGAAACCAUGGCUGAGAUCUCUGGAAUCACAGUGGAUGAAGAUGACGAAGUCUGCCGGAAUGGGAAAUCUGCUGCAAUGAAAGUAGUUAAUCUGAUUCAGGGAAUGGAUGUUUCAAAGAUCAAAGAUACAUGUCUCCCUUGUCAGGGCCAACUAUGGCAUGACUGGUGCAAAAAAAACAAAGAACUGUAUCACCUCAAAGGACAUAUUGAGAAGGAGAAAUGUAAAAAGCAAAAGGAACUGAUGGAAAUAAGGCAAAAACAAUGCACUGCUUCUUGUAGUGUAUCAAUGAAGGUGUUUGUUGAAAGCCUCUCAUCUUUACCAUCAAUGGACAAAGAGUAUUACCUAAAAUGGACUCAAAUCUCAAUAGAUGCUCUCUCCACAGAUGAUCUCUCAUUAAUUCUCCAAAGCUAUGAUGAAAAGUGGUCUGAAGUCUUGGAAUUGAAGAAGCAGCAUGACAAAACUGAUCUGUUCAGAAGAAAGCAAAAAGAGCUUGAAAAGAUAUCAACAAAACUACAGUCAGCAACUUUUGGCCUGGAGCACAUCUUUAGAGAAAUGGGACAGAUCUAUGAAGCCCAUGCAUCUCUGCAGAAACAAACAAAGAGGGGAAAGACUGACUGGUCUAAAUACCCUGAGCUGGCUGCAGAACUGAUGAUAUCAGGACACCCAAUGGAGCUGAUGGAUGGUGAUGCAGGUCAUGUGCCUUUAACAUGGAUCUCUAGUCUUUUAGAUGAAGUCAUCAAGAAACUGGGUGACAAGAGAGUUUUUGUUUUGUCGGUAUUAGGCGUACAAAGCAGUGGGAAAUCAACAAUGCUCAAUGCCAUGUUUGGCUUACAGUUUGCAGUGAGUGCUGGCAGGUGCACCAAGGGGGCCUUCAUGCAGCUGGUCAAAGUGUCAGAGGAGAUCAAGAAAGACUUUCAGUUUGACUACAUUCUAGUGGUGGACACUGAAGGACUGCGGGCUCUUGAGUUGGCAGGUAACGCCACUAUUCACCACGACAAUGAACUGGCAACAUUUGUUGUUGGUCUGGGAAACAUGACACUGAUCAACAUCUUUGGAGAGAAUCCAGCUGAGAUGCAAGAUGUUCUGCAGAUUGUUGUUCAGGCUUUCAUGAGGAUGAAGAAAAUUAAACUUUCUCCAAGUUGUGUGUUUGUUCAUCAGAAUGUCACAGAUAUUGCAGCUGCAGAAAAAAACAUGGAUGGAAAGAGACGGCUUCAAGAAAAACUGGACCAGAUGGCCAGACUUGCAGCCAAAGAAGAGGUUUGUGAUGCUGAGUGCUUCAGUGACGUCAUUGCAUUUGAUGUGCAGAAAGAUGUGAAAUACUUUGCUCAACUAUGGGAGGGAAGUCCACCUAUGGCUCCUCCAAAUCCAGGUUAUAGUGAGAGUGUCCAGGAGCUGAAGACCAUCAUCCUAUCUAAAGCUUCACAGUCUGCUGGGAUCACUCUCUCACAGUUCAAAAGCAAAAUUCAGGACCUGUGGAAUGCCCUGUUGAAUGAAAAAUUUGUUUUCAGUUUCAAAAACACACUUGAGAUUGCAGUGUACAGAAAACUUGAGGAGCAGUACGGUAACUGGACCUGGGCCCUGCGGAGCAACAUGUUGACCAUUGAGAACCAGCUUUAUACCAGAAUUGAAAAUGGAAAACUUGACAAGGUUGACCUUAAUUAUCUUCAUAAAGAAAUGACCAAAACAUAUGAAGAAAUCAAAAAAGCAAUGACAGCAUACUUUGAUGAUAACAGAGACAAAGAAACGUUGGUUCAGUGGCGAGGACGAUUUGAAAGCAAAAUCAAGGAAUUUCUUGAUGAACAAGUGAGCAAAAUUAAAAGAAAACUGGAUGAAGUCAUCGAGCAGAAGAAUACUUGUAAAAAGCUAGAUGAUAAGAAGACAGAGUUUGAGAACAAGCUGCUACAAAAGAGCAAAGAGCUCGCUCAUCAGCUAAAACACAAGGCAGAAGAUGAAGAGGAACUUAAAAAGCACUUCAACUCUGUCUGGAGUGGCUGGGUCCAUGAACUAACUGCAGAUAUAAAACCCAUUGAGGAUAUCAACUAUGAAGAAGAUCAGACAACUAUCCUUCAGGAGCUUGGUUUUGAAUGGUCUCUCAUAGAUAAGUCCAAAAGAAAAGGUAGAUACCACCAAUUCUCACAGCUUGGUAAUUAUUCUAAAUACGUAUGUCGAAACAAGCACCAAGGUCUAUCUAACACAGGCAAACCAAUUCAAGAAAAUGAGAUGGAAAUGGAGGCAAGAGGACAGGGAGAAUACUCCCGUAAAUUCUUAGAAUUUCUUUCAGAAUCAGUUGCAAAAGCAGAACGGUACUUUAAAGGGCAGUACGAUGAACAUGAACAGAUCAGAUGCCUCAUUGGUGAUGUUGAAAAACAGUCCCUUGGUGCAAUUAAAAGCAAGCCUGUAGCUACAAGUGGCUACAGUGCAGCUUACCUGCAAGAAGUGGCCAACAAUGUGAAAAAAAUGGUGCUAAAUUUUGAAUCACAGAGGAAAUUUGCUCUGCAGAAAGAGUUUACAGUUGAUCUCUUACUGUACGUGUUUCACGGAGCAGGGAAGUGGCUUACAGAGUCCCACAAGAAAUUCCAGGGAAACAACGAUGCACUCGCCUAUGUAGAAAGCAAGAAAAUGCAAUAUUACAAAGUUUUCAGAAGCUUCUGCAAAGAAAACUCAUCUGCUGUUGUGCUCGGAGAACUGAUCUGUGAGAAACUGAAGAGUUCAACUGUUGAGGCCGUCUGUAACAAGACUGCCAUUGAUCUCGCUGGAGAGAUGAAGUGCAGUUUCCCAGCAUUCAAUGGGAACAGGCUGAACUUGGAGAAACAUUUGUUGAAGUCACUGGCGGAGAAAGAGGACUUUGAUGGUUUUAUCACCUACAUCCAACAUCCAAAGGAGCAAGUAAGGACUUUUAUAAGAGAGGAAGUACAGAAAUACGUCUUCACAGAAAACAAACAUCAAGCAAAGAAUAUACUCAGGAAAAAUGUUAAAGACAUCAACAAGCUUGUGAAUCAAGCUUUAUUUACUGCAACUGAAAAAGUUAAAACCCAGAGGGGAGACACAGGCAUGUGGAUGGAGGAAUAUUCCAAUUUGCUUAAAGAUGAGCUAACAUUUGACACCAUUUCUUGUCAAAGCUUCUGUGACAUAACCAGUUAUGACUUUCUUAAAGAACAGAUAGAGAAAGGCCUUGCAUCUGUUAUGAUUGAAGUCAGCAGCCUCUCACUGGAUGAGAUGGAAAAAUUCAGGAUGAAGCCUGAUGAAAUCCUCAUCGAUCAGCUGUGUAACUGCUGCUGGGUAAAGUGUCCAUUCUGUGCAGCUGUUUGUACCAACACACUGAAAGAUCACAGUCCUGACAAACACAACGUCCCUUUUCAUCGCCCCUCUGGGAUUGAGGGAUGGCACUAUAGAGGGACAGUGGACCUGGACAUUGAUUUCUGCACAACAUUAGUUGCCAGUGAUGGAAGUUUCUACCCCAAUCAAUCAGAUGAGUCCUUUCCUUUUAAACAGUAUCAAAGUGCUGGGGGAGAGUAUGCUACAUGGGAGAUUACUCCUGAUGCAUCUAAGCUGACAUACUGGAAAUGGUUUGUAUGUCGAUUUCAAAAGCAAUUGGAAGACCACUAUGAAAAAGAAUUCCAGGGCAAAGGAGAAAUUCCCAGUGAGUGGAGAAACCACAGUAAACAGGAAGCUAUUGAAAGUCUGGAUGAAUUGCACAAUCUGUGA